UGUUUCUCCAAGAAACGGUUUCACGUAGAGAUUGUGCAAGCAAAACCAGGCAAAUAUGGUCAGUUUUGGUGAGUCAAUUGAGCACCUUCGCAUUAACCGCCAACACUCGAGCUCCUUCGCAGUUCCACGACUCUUUCCUCCUCCGAGCUCUUCAUCUUCCACAGAGUUUGCACACCCUCGAGGUCGCGUAACCCCCGCUGCGAUUGAUUCGAAGGAUUGUUGUGAGCUCUUGUUAAACCUGCGUUUGAGUCAUGGCUGACGAAGAUUAUAAUGAUUACGACGGUGGUGAUGUUGGGUAUGAGGAAGAGCCGCCGGAGCCUGAUAUUGAGGAUGAGGUUGCGGAAGGAGACGAGGAGAAUGACGAUGCUCGGGAUUUCGACGGGCUGGAAACUGAUACUUUGGUGGACGGCGCUGAAGUUCGAACCGACAAACCUCGGAAAACCACAAAGUACAUGACCAAAUAUGAACGAGCUAGAGUGCUUGGUACUCGUGCUCUUCAAAUCAGUAUGAAUGCCCCAGUGAUGGUGAAUCUAGAAGGCGAGACGGAUCCUCUUGAGAUCGCUAUGAAAGAACUUCGGGAGCGGAAAAUUCCCUUCACCAUUCGUCGCUAUCUGCCCGAUGGGAGUUAUGAAGAUUGGGGCGUGGACGAGUUGAUCGUAGAAGAUUCUUGGAGGCGCCAGGUCGGCUGAGAAUUUUCUUUCCAACGGGGACGAGUUGGACAUCUCGUCGCUAUUCUAUGCAAAAUCUCCCGAAAUUGAAGCUUUGUGUUUUUUUAUAUUGAAGGGCGAAUGGCAUUUUACCAGACACUUCUUAGCGGAAUUUUGGGAUACUAACAACCCGUUGCAACAUGCUACAGACACCAAAUAGUACGCUGGCACUAGUCAUCUUGAUUAUGGAUCUGUAAAUCUGAUAGUGGGUGACCGCAAUGGUGUAUUUAAUGGCUUUAUAGUUCGAGGAUUGUUAUGUGCAAAGACACUAGCCUUGACGCUUCACAUGGUUCCUUGCACUUCUUUGCGUAAGAGGGGGUGUUAAGGUUGGCUUGCCUAACGUACGUUUUAAUACAAAUACUUUCGGAUUUUCUCAUUA